AGCAGCCUGAGUUUGUUGUGCUUUUGAUAUUGACGCCAUUGUCGUUGUGGCAGCUCAAAAGAAAUACCAAAUAAAAUUUAUCAGAUUUACCUGUGAAUAUUGUUUAUUAACUUAUGAUAAUACUGUUCAGCAAGAAACAAUUUUUUAAAUCUCGAAAAUGGCAGAACUUUUGCUCGACCCAAAUAUACGUGGUUGGGUAUUUUUGCCAAUAGUCGUGAUAACCUUCCUAGUCGGUAUUGUGAGGCAUUACGUCUCAAUAUUGCUUUCAACGCAAAAAAAAGUUGAACUCACACAAGUUCAAGACAGUCAAAUUAUGAUACGAUCAAGGCUGCUCAGAGAAAAUGGCCAAUACAUUCCAAAAUCAGCUUUUCUAGCUAGGCGGCACUUUUUUAAUAACGAGGAAACUGGAUAUUUUAAGACCCAACGCAGAGCUCCAGUAACUCAAAAUCCUAUGUCAGAUCCAAACAUGAUUAGUGAGAUGUUGAAAGGAAAUCUUACCAAUGUUAUACCUAUGGUAUUAAUUGGUGGUUGGAUUAAUUGGAUGUUUUCUGGUUUUGUUACAACAAAAGUACCAUUCCCAUUAACUUUACGUUUUAAGCCUAUGUUGCAAAGAGGAAUUGAACUGGUAACUCUUGAUGCUGCUUGGGUAUCAUCCGCUUCUUGGUAUUUUUUGAAUGUUUUUGGACUUAGAUCAAUUUAUACUUUGGUUCUCGGAGAGAACAAUGCAGCUGACACUUCUAGGCAUUUACAAGAUCAAGUAUCAGGAGCUGCUAUGUCUAUGCCUCCUGAUCCAAAAGCUGCAUUCAAAUCAGAAUGGGAAGCAUUAGAAAUUUGUGAACAUAAUUGGGCAUUAAACGGUGUAGAUGAAGAUUUACUCGGAUCAAAGUACAAAAAUGUAGACGACAUUGAUAUGUACUCCCAAAGUUCUUCUAGCUAAUUUAAAUCUAUGACUUAAUAUUUUAAUUUAAAUUAAUUAUUAAUUUAUAUUAGAAAAAAAUG